AGCUGUUAUAAGAAAUAUUAAUGAGGUUUGUUUCCAUGAAUUCAGCGUUGAUACUUUGAUGCAAGAUCUUCCUCUGGGAGAAAGAAUCAAGUGCUUCAGAUUCAACACAAAAUAAAAAUACACGGUAUAUUCAAGCAAUGGCGACUGCUUAUGGUACAGGAGCAUAUUUGAUAUUUUUACUUAAUCUUAUCAAGGUGGCUUUCGGACAAAUUAAUUACUCUAUUUCGGAGGAACUAGAGUUUGGUGCCGUGGUCGGAAAUAUUGCUAAUGAUCUGGUGAUGGACGUUCGUGAGUUAUUAGUCCGAAAACCACAACUGGUUCUUCGCGGGGAGAGCCAAUAUUUCGAGGUAAAUACACAAAGCGGAAUUUUAUUUGUCAAUGAACGCAUCGACAGGGAACAGCUCUGCAAGGAAGCUUCAACCUGUUCUAUUCGGUUUGAUCUCGCGAUGGUAAAUCCGGACGAAAUAUUUCCCGUUGAGGUGACGAUAUUAGAUAAAAACGACAAUUCGCCGAUUUUCCCAACGGACGUAAUUUCUCUGCAGCUCCCUGAAUUACUCACACCAGGAGCGCGCUUUCCUCUCGAGAGCGCGCAUGAUCCGGACGUUGGUUUAAACUCGGUCGCCAAUUACCACCUUAGCCCUAAUGAUUUUUUCAGCCUUAAGGUUCAGACAAGGAAAGGUGGGAGGAAAAUCGCUGAACUGGUUCUGCAGAAGCAUUUAGACCGCGAAACAAAUCCGUAUUUUCAAUUGGUAUUAACGGCUGUAGAUGGUGGGAACCCACACAGGUCAGGUACCGCUCAAAUUGUUGUUACUGUUACAGACAUAAAUGAUAACGCACCUGCCUUCGAUCAAGACAUAUAUAAGGCCAAGGUGUUAGAAAACUCACCCGUGGGCACCCUGCUAAUAAAACUGCAUGCAAAUGAUUUGGAUGAAGGCUUAAACGCUGAGUUUAAAUAUUCUUUUAGUAAUUACGCAUCCCCAGACGUACGUGAGUUGUUCAUUUUGGACGCUGAAACGGGAGAGAUCAAAGUUAAUGGCUUACUAGAUUUUGAAAAAACAUUCGAUUAUGAGCUUGAUGUACAAGCUGUGGACAACCUGCCAAAUGUGGGACAUGCUAAGGUUUUGGUUACUGUUGUUGACGCCAAUGAUAAUGCUCCCGACAUAAAGCUGACUUCAGUAAAGAACCUGAUUUCAGAGAAUGCAACAUUUGGUAGUGUCAUUGCUGUAUUUGAAGUAACAGACAGAGACUCUGGGGAAAAUGGGCUUGUUCACUGUCGGAUUCCAGAAAAUAUUCCAUUUAAGAUUGAAACGAUUUUGUCGAAUCGCUACAGGAUUAUAACUGGAAAGAAACUUGAUCGUGAAGCAAUCUCACAGUAUAACAUAUCAAUUUCAGCAUGGGAUGCUGGAUCGCCCUCUCUUACUACAAUUGAAACCAUCAGCGUUUCAGUUUCCGAUAUAAAUGACAACGCUCCGCAGUUUUUACAGUCCUCGUACGAUGUCUAUCUGAUGGAGAACAAUGUUCCAGGCCGAUCUAUUUUUUCUGUUACCGCGUUGGAUCCUGAUUUGGAAAACAAUGGAGACGUCUCCUACUCUAUUCUGGAGAACAAGCCAGAAGCAUUGCCUGAGCCUUCUUUCUUUGCGGUAAGUUCGAAAAGCGGGAGCAUAUUCGCUUUGCGUUCCUUUGACUAUGAACAAGUAAAGAAUUUUCAGAUCAUAAUUUUAGCCCGUGAUGCUGGAUCUCCGUCACUGAGCAACACUGCUAUUGUUAGAAUUAUAAUCUUGGAUCAAAACGACAAUCCUCCAAUAAUAAUUUCUCCACCUGCUUGGAACAGCUCAGUAGCAUUCUCAAUAGUGCCACAUUCAAUAUCUCCCAACUCCUUGGUCACGAAGGUAAUCGCAAAUGAUGAGGAUUCGGGGCAAAAUGCACGGCUUUCCUUUGAGAUAAUUGAAGCUACUGAUCUCAGUCUUUUCAUUGUGGGCCUUCACACUGGAGAAAUCAGAACAACCCGAUAUUUUAUAGCUGACGACAGCGACAUACAAAAUUUGGUAGUCCUGGUGAAAGACAGUGGUCAACCAAGUCUCUCAAGCUCAGUUACAAUAUGCUUAUCGAUCACUGCGAACAGCAGUGGAAACCUUUCAGAGCGUGCAAAUAAUCAGAAAAAUGUAACAUAUUUUUCAGAUCUUAAUCUAUAUUUAAUAUUUUUAUUUGGAUCGACAAGCCUCGUUUUUCUUCUUAUAAUCAUUUUAUUGGCUGCCUUCAAAUGCAAACAAGAUCGAAGUAAUUCUAUUUAUCAGAACUCUGCAGCGUGUUGUUGCUGUAUGCAGAGGGCUUCCAACGCCGUAGUUAGUAGAAGACCUGUUGGAAAUGAAUCACAAAAUUAUUAUAAAGCUGGUCAAAUGCUGACUUAUUCUGAUCCUUAUCAUUAUACGGUUCGAUUAUCACCGGCCUCAUCCAAGAGUGAUUUUCUAUUUCUAUCGACUUGUCAGCCUACACUCCCAUUGAAUGACAUCAGUGCUGAUGAUUUAGUUGUUAGAUAGAGCAUUGGAAUGCAGUUUUGCUCUGUGUUUAACGAGUGAUCAACAGUAUGUAAUGUAAUUCCGAAGAGGUCUUGUCUUGCUACAGAUAUUCUUCAUGUUGAUUUUCCAUUGUUCCAUUUCUCAUCCAUUACUUUCCUUCCGAAAAAGAAUAAUACCUACGUGGCUUCCAGACUGCAUGUCUGGCAUCUAGAAUAAUGAUCGAGUUAUAAUUUCAAAACGUUUAUUCAUAAUAGCAAAGUGUAUAUUCCAUCAUGGACGAAACUUUGUUUUAAAGUGUGAACACCAAGAAAAAAGCGACUCUAAUAUAACAUACAGCAAUGUUGCCAUUGUGCUUCGGACGAGUCAGAGAAGAUUUUUCGAAUGAUUUUGUUAGGAUGGUGGAAACGAAGUGAAUAUAAACAUGGUGGGCUAUUCUCUCCUUCAAACCAGUUCACUUUUAUCAUGGAAGAGCCUCAAUAUUGCAUUUCCACUCUCUCACCAUACCUCUUAAUGAUUUCAGUGGCUUGAAAUUUGCCUCCUUAUUAAGUAUAUUGAACGACUUGGGCUCCAUAACUAUCUAUACAGAAAUAUGUAAGAUCCCUGUUAUAUAGAUAAAAACAUUCCUCACUACAGUUUCCUGAAAUGUCGACCCACAGCUUGUGCUUUCUAAAGAAAGACUGCUGGGGGAUGUUUAAGCAAGCUUACAGCGAUAAUUUACCCAGAUAAUCCUUUUUAUGAAGUACCUAAUUCGACUUUAAAUGACGAGCUGAGAGGGGAAAAUAACCAAAGCCUAUUUUUGGGUAGCGCAGUUGGGUUUAUUAUGCAAUAAAUACUUAUGUAUACAUGAUGUUGUUAUUUUGAAGUAUGCUCCAUUGCAGAAUGAUUGCACUUUCCCUUAAAAAGCAUAAACUGUUGAAAAUAGACAAUUUUCUGAGUAGAUGAAUGUUAAAUGAAGCUGAAAUGAAAUAUGGCAAAGAACAUAUUGUUUUAGUAAUUGUUCGUGGAUGUUCAAUGUUAAGUCAUUUAUUUAUACCUAUUUGAAGUAGCAUAUAAUGGCAUAUCAGAAGAGGUAGUUGCUUAGAGCAAGUAAGAAGAAAAUAGUACAAAGAUCAAAGCAGAGAAAUAUAAAAGUAUUGCUAUGUUUACUAGAAACUCUUUGAUUUAUUUUGUGUCCCCAGAGAUUCAGAAAAGAUAUUACGGGCACUUGUUUUGUUUUUCAGUAACAAAUUGUUAGAUUCAAUAAACUGAAAUAUAAUGGAAAAUGAUUCCUGCUCUACUUCAGCAAUAAUUGAACAUAUAAUGAAGAUAAAUUAGACCGCAAGUCUGAACGUAAAGGGUGGCUUCAUUCUCUACUACUUAUAGCCAUUCUCUAGAAUCAGCAUGUAUAUUGAAUGGAAUGUCUCAGGUAAUUCUGGAGACGAUGCUAGAAGCCGUUUGGCACCAUUGUGCAAUUUUAAAAAAACUACACCAAAUAGUGUUUUGAACUGUAGCUUCAAAAUUGGCUGGAAAUAAA